GAUUUAUUAUUUGGAGUAUUACUGGCUUUUUUACCGGUAUUUUCCAAAGCCGACACGGAAAUAUUUACAACAAUGGGACACCUGAUUUUGUCAUUUAUGUUUUUUGGUGUGUUUAGCUUUUUGAUUGCGAAAAUACCUAUAUCAUGGUUCCUCAAGCCUCUGAAGGGAUCCAACAAUAAUGAGCUAUUUAUCCUCGGUUCAAUAUCUAUGUGUUUAUUGAUGUCCCAAGUUUCUUUAACACUUGGCAUUGGAGCUGAGAUAGGGUGCUUUGUUGCAGGAAUGCUUAUCCAUAACUGUAGAUCCAUUUUUGAAUUUUCUAUCAGUGUAGUGGAACCUGUCAGCGACGUUUUUUCUUGCCUGUUCUUUGCCAGCAUUGGACUUCACGUUUAUCCAAGUUUCUUGGUGAAUGAGGGAUCAUUGUUGUUUAUUCUUACACUCGGGGCAAUAGGAUUCAAAUUCUUGUCAAGUAGUGUCACGUUGAUGACUUUUGGGCACACUUCUCAGCGCGCAGUUACUAUGGCGAUCGGGAUGUCUCAAAUAAGCGAAUUUGUUUUUGUGCUCGCAAGUCGGGCCAAAGACCUUGAAAUAAUAUCCAGAGAAGUUUAUUACCUACUCUUAACUACUGCAUCAUUGACUCUAAUGGUGAUACCAAUCUUUUGGAGUAUUCUUCUUAGACUAAAUACUAAUUUCAUUACAACAUACAAGCCAACGAUCAAUGAGUCAGAAUGUAUACCUUUUACGAAUAAUAUAGAAAAAGUUGAAUAA